AGAGCUUGAACAACGGGAGAAAAAAGAGACGAGAAGCGAAGGAGGGCGCUGAGGAGGGAACUGGAUGAAGGCAAGCGCUGAGAACAAACACAUCUUGAACAAAGAAUGGAGAACGGAAGAUACGGGAGCGUCGUCAAACAGCCACUCUGCCCCUCUGCCACCCAUUUCAGCAACAUGGGCUAGAAAAACUAGAACAACAAUCAAUAACAACAACACGUGAAUCGCGUUGGAGACCCCUAAAGUGAAGAGAGGAAAAAUAUUGUAGACCUUAAUUACCAUGCUUCGUCGCCAGGCUCGUCUCCGCCGUGAAUAUCUUUACCGCAAGGGCGUGGAGGAGCGACAAAAGGCCAUCCAGGAUAAGAAAGACCGUUUGAAACGCGCUGUCCAAGAAAACCGAUUGAUCGACGGAGAUUUGCGGCGAGAUGCGCUCAGUUUGGCUCAAUCGGUCAAAUGGGACGAUGGCGGGGCCGAACUGGCCCAGUUGACCGGCGGGGAAGGCGGAGGUACGGCCGGCGUGUCCAGUCAAGAUGACGAGUAUCGUUGGGCCGGCGUGGAAGACCCCAAGGUCAUGGUCACGACGUCGCGCGAUCCCUCGGCCCGCCUCAAGAAGUUCGCCAAGGAGUUCCGCUUGAUUAUUCCCAACGCUCAACGUCUGAAUCGCGGUAACUACGAGUUCAAGCAACUGAUUCAGGCCUGUCGCGCCAAUGAGGUCACCGACUUCAUUGUACUUCACGAGCACCGGGGUCAACCUGACGGAUUGGUGCUCUGCCAUAUGCCCUACGGACCCACGGCUUACUUCACCAUAACGGAUAUGGUCAUGCGGCACGAUAUCCCGGAUAUUGGGAACAUGUCCGAACAGUACCCGCAUCUGAUCUUCCACAACUUCAAAACUCAGAUGGGUGAGCGUGUGAUGAAGAUUCUGAAGUAUUUGUUUCCUGUGCCCAAAGAAGAGAGCAAGCGCGUGCUCACCUUCGCCAAUCACGACGACUUCAUCUCAUUUCGCCAUCACACCUUCAAGAAAGGCCCCAAUGGCAAAGAUAUUGAACUGGACGAAGUCGGGCCUCGAUUCCAGUUGCGGUUGUACGAAAUCAAAUUGGGCACAUUGGAGAACGAAGCUGCGGCCCGAUCUGAAUGGGCGUUACGGCCCUAUAUGAAUACGAGCGGGAAACGACGGUUCAUGUCGGACGAGGAUGGAUUUGAGGCCGAAUGAAACAAGGUGAUGGUGGUUAUGAAAAUAAUCGCGGGUUUAUUAUCGUCGGCCCAGUAAAAAUAUAUUCAAUAUUUGCAUCCA